CACUUAUGGCUUUCAUCAGGAAAAUGUCGGGUUUCACUCUCGCCUCGAUCCCCUGUGAAGCAGUUGCUGGACAUGCUUGAGUCUGCCCAUCUUUCGACUGCUGCUAUCGCUUUCGCGACAUUAUACCUCAUCUUCUACCGUCUCCAGUCAAGAAAAGUCCAUUCCGAUGAGCCUCCAAUCAUAGCCCCUGCAAUUCCCUUCGUUGGGCACUUGCUGGGCAUGCUUUUCCAGGGUGGCCGAUACAUCAAGGGCAUUGGCAUCCGAAACCACGACAAACCCAUCUUCACCUUACCAGUUCCUUUCUCCCGCAUCUACAUUGUUACGGACCCUUCCCUGGCCGCGGCUGUUCAGCGCGCUUCCAGAGUCAUGUCUUUCACCGAACUCGUUCCGGAUAUUACGAAGCGUGUCCUGGGGCUGGAUGACACGACGGUCGCCAUCGUCCGUCAAAAUCUUGACCCAGAACCAGGAGACCCAAGAGGCUUCCUAGCAGACACGCACGACAUGAUUUACACAUAUCUUGGUCCAGGAGAGGACCUCAACGAAAUGAGCAUCGGCGCUGCACGAGAAUUGUCCAAGCAGGUCAACGAGUUCGCAGACCAACUUGGAGAAGACACGAAGCAGGUCGAUUUGCUUAUUUGGGUCCGCCACUUUGUGGCAAUUGCAACUGCACAGUUCUUGUACGGCUCGCAAAACCCCCUUGCCCUCCGUUCAGAGCUUGAAGAUGCCUUUUGGGACUUUGAUCAUGGGUUAGGAUCGCUGCUUAUGGGCGUCGCACCCUCUAUCACUGCCCGCAAACCGUAUCUUGGUCGAGAAGCCCUUGUACGGGCCUUCAUAGAAUAUAUCGACGCUGGUAACCACGAAAAGGACGCAGCCAAGAUCAUCGCCAACCGUGUCGCGAUUACACGACAAUACGGAUGGACCACCGAUGCUGCCGCCCGCUCAGAGGUUUCUUUCCUCUUUGCUGGAAUCGUCAAUACGGCCACUACCACUUUUUGGAGCGUCUUGCAAUUAUUUUCCCGUCCAGAUUUGCUUGCUGCUGCACGGACGGAGCUAGUUGACUCCGGCGCUGUCGUAGAAGAAGAUGGAAAACGGCGAAUCAAAAUGGACAUCAUCAAAAACAACUGCCCCAUACUUCUCUCCGUAUUCCGUGAAUGCCUACGCGUUGGGUCGGAUAACUACUCGACACGACUGGUAAAGGAAGACACCGUGCUUGCUGGCAAAUACUUUUUGCGAGCUGGAAGCGUCGUGCAGAUUGCUGGCGGUGUAAUGCACGCAAACGCCAAUAUUUGGGGCUCCGAUGCUGAAGCUUUUGACCAUCGUCGUUUCCUCAAGGGUGCUCCAACCGUACAUCCAGCUGCUUUCCGUGGGUUUGGAGGAGGCAAAACAUUGUGCCCUGGUCGACACUUCGCGACAAACGAAAUUCUUGCUUUUGUUGCCAUGAUUGUGUCGACGUUCGAACUGGGACCAGUUGGUGAAAAGACUAUCCAGGUACCUGAAAAGGAUGAUGGCGUUUUACCUGUUCAUAUCCUCGAGCCAAAGCGGCCUCACACAGCUGUAAAUUCAUCAUACGAGAUUGUUGGUAUGAAGCCCGGAUCAGUGUAUGACUGUUCGGAUCAAAAUAGCAACCCAUCCCUCUUCCCUCCUUCACGCGUUCGCAUGCCGCUCAAUAUUCCUGGCAUAUUAGUCCCGCUUCAGCUCAUAUUUAAUCCGCGCAUUGCUCUGCCCAACCUAACCGUCAAAGACAUUCGCCACCUUGACUUCCCUGCCCUGAAAAAAGCCGGCUAUCGUGGCGCUGUAUUCGAUAAAGACAACUGUCUGACCAUUCCUCAUCGUGACGAACUCGUUCCCGAACUUCAAGAGGCUUGGGAAGAUUGCCGGAGAACCUUCGGCGACGCCAAUGUCCUCAUUGUAAGCAACUCCGCUGGGAGUAGGUCAGACGCAGGAGGUAUCCAGGCAGAAUCUGUUCAGCGCCAUCUUCAAGCUCCCGUUCUUUUCCAUCGUACCCCAAAGCCGGGGUACUCCUGCAUCAAGGCUAUCCAGCGAUACUUCAGCUCCCUACACAGUCCCAUACGGAGCGAUGAGCUCAUAAUCGUCGGCGACCGCAUCUUCACCGACGUCGUCAUGGCCAAUCGACUGCGGAGUCUAAAUCGAGAAGCGGAAAGCCUUAAAUCCGGGGAGAUCAGCAAGACCAACAGUGGUGGCCCUCUAGCGAUAUGGACGACAGGAGUGUGGAAACGAGAAGCGACACUGAUGCGUUGGUGUGAAGCAAAGCUAGUCGAUUGGCUUUGUCGGAGUGCAACGAACGAGGCUGAAGAGAAUACUGCUUAUAUCAAGCCUUGGCUACCACCACCAGUCCCGAAACCAAAAUGGAAAUUUUGGUAG